AUGCCUCCCACCGUCGUCCUCAUCCGCCACGGUGAAGCGGAGCAUAACGUAGACAAAACCAAACACAAUACCAUCGACCCCACCCUCACUAGAAAAGGCGUGGAACAGUCGAUCAAACUCACCAAGCAUCUCGCGGAACACCUGCCUCUAGAUGACCGAAGGAUUGAACUCAUCAUCAUGAGCCCGAUGUAUCGGGCCCUGCUUACUUCGUUGUAUGCGUUCCCUGAUCUCUUUAGGCGUGAUGGCGUGCCGGUUGUGGCGGAUGCGAGGUGGCAGGAACUCUCCGCCAAACCCUGCGACACCGGCCGCCCCAUCUCCGAACUCGUCCAACUCUUCCCCGACUUCGAUUUCUCCGCCCUCGACCCCAUCUUCCCUGACAAGACCUCCCCCGAGGCAUCCGCAUACCACUACAACAAAACAGCCGUACUUGCCCGUGGCCAGGCGGUGCUGAAGGACUUGUACGACCGCUGGGAGGAUAUUGUGGUGGUGGUUUCGCACUCUGGGUUCUUGAGGACUGCGGUGGCGGGGCGGUGGUUUGCGAAUGCGGAUUAUCGGGUGUUUGACUUUGAGAGUCGGGAGGGGAAGGGGGAGGAGGAGCCGUAUCGGUUGGUGGAGUGGGAGAUGACGAGGGGGAUGGGGGGGAUGGGGAGGAGUAAGGAGGAGCUGGUGGAGUUUGGGGAGGGGGUGCCGGAGUGA